CUUUCUCUACAUUUUGUACAAAAUAAACUAGUCCAUAGUAGUGGAUGCCCGGUUAGACACUUUUUAAUCUUAAAUGACUCAUAUUCUAGACAUAUACAUCACUACACUAGUCUGCAACCACCAUUAGUGGUACAAAAUUUCACUUGCAAACCCUUCUAUGAUUUAAAGCCUUUAGUACUAAAUCCCAAGCACCAGAAAACUGUGGAUUCAGUUACUUCUUCCUCAUGGAAGUGUCAUAUGCAACUCUAUUUCUUCUCUUGAUUUUGUUGACAACACUCCACUUUAAAGCAAGCAUAGUAGCAGGGCUCAACAUAAUUUGCAGUGAGAAAGAAAUGAAUGCACUCCUCAGCUUCAAGCAUGGACUAGCAGACCCUUCAAACAGGCUUUCAUCAUGGUCUGAAGAAGAAGAUUGUUGUUCAUGGGCAGGGGUUCGCUGCAACAACUUCACUGGUCAAGUCAUGGAACUCAAUCUUAACACAUCUGUGAGCUCUCCCUAUAGGGAAUUGAGUGGUGAGAUUAGUCCUUCCCUGCUUGAACUAAAAUCUUUGACUCGUUUGGACUUGAGUUCAAAUUAUUUUGUUCUUACUCCAAUACCAAGCUUCCUAGGCUCAAUGGAGAGUCUGAGAUACUUGGACCUUAGCUUAAGUGGGUUCAUGGGACUAAUCCCUCACCAACUAGGAAAUCUAUCAAACCUGCAGCACCUUAAUCUUGGGUACAAUUAUGCUCUUCAGAUAGAUAAUCUUAAUUGGAUAUCAAGGCUUUCUUCCUUGGAAUACCUUGAUUUGAGUUAUGCAGACCUUCACAAAGAAGCUGAUUGGCUUCAAGUACUGAGUGCACUUCCUUCUCUUUCAGAACUACACUUAGAGAACUGUCAAAUUGAUAACUUGGGACCACCUAAAGGAAAAACCAACUUCACAAAUCUUCAAGUCCUUGAUCUUUCAAAUAAUAAUCUAAAUCAGGAAAUCCCUUCAUGGCUAUCCAAUCUCAGUACAACUCUUGUCCAACUUGAUUUACACAGUAACCUUUUACAUGGAGAAAUCCCACAAAUAUUGUCAAGCCUUCAAAACAUCAAAAUUCUAGACUUGCAUGGCAACCAACUCGGUGGAGCACUUCCCAAUUCAUUAAGUCUGCUCAAGAAUCUUGAAGUUCUAGAUCUCAGUAAUAAUACCUUUAUUUGCCCACUUCCCGCAUCAUUUGCAAACUUAUCAUCCUUGAGGACUUUGAACCUGGCUCACAACCGGCUGAAUGGGACCAUUCCUAAGAGUUUUGGGUUCCUCCAAAAGCUGCAGAUAUUAAACCUUGGAGCUAAUGCUCUGACUGGUGAUAUGCCUGUAACUCUUGGAACUCUCUCAAAUUUAGUGACAUUAGACCUUUCAUCAAAUUUGUUGGGAGGAUCAGUACAGGAGAUACAUUUUGUAAAACUUCUGAAAUUAAAGGAACUGCGUUUAUCUUCAACAAACUUGUUCCUCACUGUUAACUCUAGAUGGGUUCCCCCAUUUCAGCUUGAAUAUGUUUUACUCAGCUCCUUUGGAAUAGGGCCCAAGUUUCCAGAAUGGCUGAAAAUCCAGAGUUCUGUAAAGGUGUUGACAAUGUCGAAGGCAGGUAUUUCAGAUUUGGUUCCUAGUUGGUUUUGGAAUUGGAGUUUCCAACUCGAAUUCCUGGAUCUGUCAAACAACCUCUUAAGAGGAGAUGUAUCAAACAUCUUUUUAAAUUCCAGCGUCAUAAACCUGAGUUCUAAUUUGUUCAAGGGUACAUUGCCAAGUGUGUCUGCAAAUGUUGAAGUGCUGAAUAUUGCCAAUAACUCGAUUUCUGGAACGGUUUCUCCCUUAUUAUGUGGAAAGACAAAUGCUACUAACAAGUUAAGUGUGCUGGAUGUCUCAAAUAAUGUCUUAUCUGGUGAUCUUGGUCAGUGUUGGGUUCAUUGGCAAGCCUUGGUGCACUUGAACUUGGGUUCUAACAGUUUUUCUGGUGAAAUUCCACACUCCAUUGGGUAUCUGUCUCAACUUGAGUCUUUGUUGCUAAAUGACAACGGCCUUUCAGAAUAUAUUCCUUCAACCCUGCAAAAUUGCUCUACAAUGAAGUUUAUUGACAUGGGUAAUAACCAACUUUCUGACACAAUACCAACUUGGAUGUGGGAAAUGCAAUAUCUAAUAGUUCUUCGUCUAAGAUCCAAUAACUUCAGUGGCAGCAUUACUCAAAAGAUGUGUCAACUUUCUUCCCUUAUAGUGCUGGAUCUUGCCAAUAACAGCCUGUCAGGAUCCAUUCCAAAUUGUUUGGAUCAGAUGAAGACAAUGGCUGGUGAAGAUGACUUCUUUGCCAACCCUUUGAGUUAUUCAUAUGGCUCCGACUUCAGUUAUAACAACUACAAGGAAAGUCUUGAGUUAGUUCCCAAAGGAGAUGAGUUAGAGUACAGGGACAAUCUCAUACUGGUGAGAAUGAUUGAUCUUUCAAGUAAUAAGCUGUCUGGAGCAAUUCCACCUGAAAUUUCGAAGCUAUCUGCUUUGCGGUUUUUGAACUUGUCAAGAAACAUUCUAAAUGGAGAGAUACCAAAAGACAUGGGAAAAAUGAAAUUGCUAGAAUCCCUUGAUCUCUCAUUAAAUCACAUUUCAGGUGAAAUCCCGCAAAGCUUGUCUGAUUUGUCCUUCCUCAGUUUCCUGAAUCUAUCAUACAACAAUUUAUCUGGCAGAAUUCCCACAAGCACCCAACUUCAGAGUUUUGAAACACUUAGCUACACAGGAAAUCCUGAGCUCUGUGGUCCUCCUAUAACAAAUAAUUGCACAAGCAAAGAAGGGAUGUCAGAGAAUGCUUCUGUUAAACAUGCUGACGGAAAUUUCUUUGGAACAUCAGAGUUUUACACAGGAAUGGGAGUUGGAUUUGCAGCAGGAUUUUGGGGGGUUUGCAGUGUUAUUUUCUUCAACAGAACUUGGAGGCAUGCUUAUUUUGAUUUUAUUGACCACUUGAAAGAUGUGAUUUAUGUCACCGUAGUUUUGAAGGUUAGAAGGUCACUUGCUAAAUCAUGAGUUUACCUUUCAGCUGCUAACAAGAGAGACAUUACAAGGUGAUUUCUAGCCAUAAAAAUAUGAAUAAGGUUUACCUUGUAUCAGUUCGUAUGAUGUUUUCUCUGUUUAGUCGUUUUCAUUGGUAAUACGAGCCUUUUUAUGUUAGGAGAACCGAAAGAUUGUAUGAUUUGAGUGUAAAAUUUUGUUUUGAAUUUACUAAUGCGUCAAUGGAUGACCAAGAUAUAUUCUUAA